GCUAUGGCCAGCGCACCCAACUCGUUUUAGCGCGCGCGCGGUUUUAACGCGCCCGCUGGAGCUGUCCGUCGCGUUGCGCGCGCUAUAUUUGCCUUUUUUGCAGCGCGGCGCUAGUAUAGCGCGGCUGUUGGAGAUGCUCUAAGUAAGGCCCCUUGUUUGCUCCAACAUAUACCGGGCAUUGUUUCCUGCCAUGCUCCUCACAAGCAAGCAAUCACAUUUUUUGCUCACACCAUUAUUGUCCUCUCCACCUUGUGCUUCUCUGCUGUGUUAUUACGCCGUGUUCCAAUGGCGACCUCGACGGUGAUCAAUGUCGUUGUCCAACCACUGGUCACGGUCGUGAUGGACAAGGCGUCCAACUACCUCCUCGACAAGUACAAGGUGAUGAAGGGCAUGGAGGAGCAGCGUGAGAUCCUCAAGCGCAGGCUGCCCGCCAUCCUCGACAUCAUCGCCGACGCCGAGCAGGUGGCAGCCCACAGGGAAGGGGCAGCAGCCUGGCUCCAGGCCAUCAAGAAGGUGACUUACCAGGCGAAUGAAGUCUUCGAUGAGUUCAAGUACGAGGCGCUUCGUCGCAAGGCCAAAAAGGAGGGACACUACAAGGAGCUUGGCUUCGGUGUGGUAAAACUCUUUCCAACCCACAACCGCUUCAUAUUCCGUAAUAGGAUGGGAAGAAAGCUCCGCAAGAUUGUGCGGUCCAUUGAUGUCCUUGUGACUGAGAUGAAUGCCUUUGGCUUUAAGUAUCAACAGCAAGUGCCGGUUUCGAAUCAGUUGCGGCAGACGGAUCAUGUUAUCUCCGAUCCAAAGAGAAUCACCAGCAGGUCGAGAGACAAAGAUAAGGAGAAACUUGUUGAUAUGCUAGUUGGUCAAGCUAACAAUGCAGAUCUCACAGUUGUUCCCAUCGUUGGAAUGGGGGGUCUGGGCAAGACCACGUUAGCACAACUAGUUUACAAUGAACCUGAAAUUCAGAAGCAUUUUGACUUGCUGGUAUGGGUAUGUGUCUCUGACUGCUUUGAUGUGGAUUCUCUGUCUCAAAGUAUAGUUGAAGCAGCUCCCAAGAAGAAGAAGGAUGAUAGAAAAGAAGAUUCUGGGAAGAAUAAUGACACUCCAAAAGCAGCUCACGGGACGAAUAAUGAUGAUACAGAAGCAGGUUCCGGGAAGGAGAAGGAUAGUACAAAAGCAGGUCCUCGGAGGAAGAAGGGUGAUACAGAAGCAGGUUCCGGGAGGAAGAAUAAUAGGACAAAAGCAGGUCCUUGGAAGAAUAAGGGUGGCACAGAAGCCGCAACUGCUUCAAAGAACAACCUUCAGAAAUUAGUGAGUGGGCAGAGAUACCUCCUUGUACUGGAUGAUGUUUGGGAACGACAGGUUGGUAUCUGGGAAAAGCUCAAGGCCUGCCUUCAACAUGGUGGCAGGGGUAGUGCGGUCUUGACAACAACUCGUGAUGAAGGAGUGGCUAAAAACAUGGGUACUAUUAAAGCUUAUAAUCUCACAGCUGUGGAGGAUGAAUUCAUAAAGGAAAUUAUCGAGACAAGUGCAUUCAGCCGUUUUCAGAAUGAAGAGGAAAGGCCUGCCGGGUUGGUGAAUAUGGUUGAUGAGCUUGUGAAGAGAUGUGUUGGCUCUCCUUUAGCUGCAACAGCACUGGGCUCUGUACUGCAUACCAAGUCCAGCGAGGUAGAAUGGAAUGCUGUAUUAAGCAGAAACAUCAUUUGCACCGAGGAGACUGGUAUCUUACCAAUACUCAAGCUCAGUUACAACGACUUGCCGUCUUAUAUGAAGCAGUGCUUUGCUUUUUGUGCCAUGUUUCCCAAAGGUUACGAGAUUGAUGUGGACAAGCUGAUCCGACUAUGGAUCGCACAUGGCUUUAUCAUCCAGGAAAAACAAGUUUGUCUUGAAACCAUUGGCAAACAGAUUUUUGAUGAGCUGGUCUCAAGGUCAUUCUUUCAGGAUGUGAAACAAGUCCAAGCCACAUCCAGUGAAAUUGAACAUGAUGGGGCAUGUUAUUCCAGAACUACAUGCAAAAUCCAUGAUCUUAUGCAUGAUGUUGCACUUUCUGUAAUGGAGAAGGAAUGUGCCUUGGCAACUGAGAAACCUGGCAAAAUUGACGCUGUUGCUACAGCUACGGGACCAAGUCAGAGUGAGUGGCUUCUAGACACCACUCAACAUUUAUUUUUGUCAUGCAAGGAACCAGAAAAAGAAUUGAAUAGCUCUCUGGAUAACAGCUCUCCAGCUAUCCGAACACUUCUGUGUGAUAGUCGUAUGGAAAAUUCAUCAUUGCAGCAUCUAUCAAAAUACAGCUCUUUGCAAGCAUUAAAGCUCUGUUUGCGGGGUUCAUUUCCGCUGAAACCAAAGCAUUUACAUCACCUGAGGUACCUAGAUCUCUCAAGAAGUAAAUAUAUCAAAUCACUUCCUGAAGAUAUGAGCAUUCUAUACAACCUGCAAACGCUGAACCUCUCUGGCUGCAUACGUCUUUGUGAACUUCCAAGACAAAUGAAGUAUAUGACUGCCCUCCGUCACCUUUACACUCAUGGUUGUCCAAUGCUGGAGAGCAUGCCUGGAGACCUCUCAAAACUGACAGCCCUACAGACACUUACAUGUUUUGUAGCAAGCAGUGACUCUAAUUGCAGCAAUGUUGGUCAGCUCGGUAGCUUGAACCUUGGUGGUCAAUUAGAGCUAUGUCAUCUGGAGAACGUGAAAGAAGAUGCUGCAGGAGAUGCAAACCUCGUGAAAAAGAAGGAACUAACAGAACUGACAUUAAAAUGGAGCGUUGGAUUGGAUAACAUUGUCGGUGAACGCAGCAGUCGGGAUGAUGCAAGACUGCUCGAGCAACUUAAACCUCAUGAUGGGUUGCACGCUAUAAGGAUACACGCCUAUGGAGCCACCACCUUUCCAACAUGGACAGCUAUGUUGCAAAACAUUGUUGUGGUCCAUCUUUCUGGUUGUAACAAACUGCAAUGGUUCCUUAGCGAUGACACUAAUACAUCCUUUGUAUUUGCAAAUCUGAAGGAGCUGACAUUGCAAGAGCUUGUCUGUUUUGAGAGAUGGUGGAAAAAAGAUAAUGGAACGCAAGAAGUGAUCAUGUUUCCUCGGCUUGAGAAGUUGUGUAUUAGUCAUUGUGAAAAGUUGACUGCAUUGCCAGGGCAACCGACCUUCCCUAACCUCCAGAACACUUGUAUUGAGAGAUGUCCAGAGUUGACAACUAGAUUUGAAUCACCAAAGCUCAGUGUAUUAAAGAUAGAAGGAUGUGAUGUACAUUUGUUCCAGUGGGUAGCCAGGCAUAUGACUUCAUUGACCAACCUGGAUCUGCAUAGCAUUCUGGACAGUAAAGAAACAACCUCGGUGGCCGCUGAGCAUGGUUUAAAGGAAGUAGUGGAUGGCAUGGACAAAUGGAGUGAUCAUGAUUUUCCUCUGACAGUUUUGGUGUUACAAAAUUUUCAGCUAGGUGUAACAGAGCUGUGUUCCUGUUUUGUACACCUGCAAGAUUUGUCAUUUUGUAGGUGUCAUGCACUCCUCCACUGGCCAGAAAAAGAGUUUGAAGGAUUGGUAUCCUUGAGGAAGCUUAAGAUUGACCAAUGCGAGAAUCUGACUGGAUAUGCACAAGAUUCUACCAAGCCAUCAACAUCAUUAGAAACAAGUCAGCUCCUUCCACGUCUAGACGUACUAGUGCUAUUGAAAUGUGAAAGUUUGGUUGAGGUCUUCAAUGUCCCUGCAUCUCUCACUGUAAUGGAAAUUAUGUGUUGCAAGAAGCUUGAGUCUAUAUCCGGCAGGAGGUUGCAGCAGGGACAGUCAGCAUCAUCGAUUCAUCAAGGGCCAUCUAGUAUAGCAGAGGUGUCAUCAUCAUCAUCAUCACCCGGAGAUUGCGCGGAGAACUUAGAAAAACUAAAAAUAGCUGAGUGUGAUAGCUUAAAAGGGGCCCUCCAUCUUCCCUCGCCCCUCAAGGUUCUAUACAUUGUUAACUGUGGUGGGUUGACAUAUCUGCAAUCUCGGUCGGGGGAGCUCUCAUCGUUGGAGCGCCUCAUACUUAGGAGUUGCAAUUCCCUGGCUUCCCUACCGGAUGGGCCGCAGGAAUACUCAUACCUCCAGCGUCUUACAGUUAAAUCCUGCCCUGGUAUAAAGACUUUCCCCGCAAGCCUGCAGAAACGGCUGCCCAACAUCCAGAAGAAAAACAUAGAUGCCCAUUAUUAUGAAGAAGCAUCAAGGCCUAUCCCAAUCCCGUUGAAACCGAAGACAUGGCCAUAUGCCAUCCGUAGAAAUUAGAGAAUCACGGGAAUAUCAGUACAGAAGUUGUCAUGCAGAAUCCAUCCAUCACAAGCAGAUGGGGAAGAGAGAUCACUUGGAGUGGAACUAUUGUCGCGCAAGACGCCCACUGGAACCGGAGACCAGUAAUCCAAAAGCGCUCCUAUAAUACUAUCGUCUUUCAUUCUGUUACCAGAAAUAGAUGUUCUUUGAAUAGUAAGUACUUGUAUCUUGCCACCCCUGUUUACCUACGUCAUGUCAGUGUAUUUGGUUUCCAAGAGGCACGGCGACACUCAGCCCUGGGCACUGUCAGUUUUUUGUGAAAAUUCUGUCGCAGUUUUCCAAUUUUAUUUAUGGACUUGUAUAUCAGUGCUAGACUGUAUGGAUGGAGUUAUCCCUGAUUGUGCAAAGAAACAUACGUGAUGAUCUUGAAAAUGUAGCUUGCUUGUGGACUAGCAACAGUAAAUGGUUGCUACGGCAAUGACGUGGACCACAGGAA